UUUAAGAAAUUGGACACUCAUUUUAUUGAGAAUUAAUUCAACAUUUUGUGAUUCUUUUUACAUUUUUUGUCCAAAAGAGAAUGGAAUUACUGGCCAUUGGAGCCAGAGAAAUUCAGUUUUGUUGUGAUUUCUGGAGAACAAAUGAUUUUUCAAAGAGUGACUCUUUAUCUGAUUGAGUAAAUUGAAAUUAAUCCCUAAACAACUUUUUAUCAGUAUUAUCAUCUAUUUAUUAGAGGAAACUUAAUCUGACUAAUUGAUUAAGUGAUUAAUUAGUAAUGAAUAGUGAUUCUGAUCUAAAUAAUCAAUGUUAAACAGACUGAAGCAUUUUUCAACAUAUCAGGAUUAUUUACAAACCUUAAAAAAACCCUAGCAUAUCGUAGAUGAUUGCUGGUAAAAAGCCAAUACAGAAAGAAUCAAUGGAAUUUGGACUUAGAGAGAUGGGCUGGAUCAUGUGGACAAACACUGUUGAUUAUCAAGAACAUGCUUCAGAAUUAAUAUAAUUAUGGUUACAAUAAGUUGAAGCAGUUUUGGAUAUGAGGAAUAUUUGGCUGUGAAAAAUUGUGAGCAUAUAUCGUAAGGUUUUUCGAAGUGUUUCACAGUGCAGUAUCAACAUGUGUUAGAUGUGUCUGUCUAACGUUGGAGAUUUAUCUCAGCCAAAAUGGGAGGCAUUUUAAGAGAACACCGUAAAUUCUGUGAAGCAAUCUUUGGGAUAUUCACAUCAGGAAACAGAAAUUAUUGUAGCGUCUGAAGGAAACUUUAGAUAUUUGUUACCUUUUUAACGAUUCAACAAAAAUUUUUUACAUGGAAGGUGAUGAUAGUUCAGAGUCCCACACCUACGAGAGGAUUUAUGUGAACGGUUACCAUGGAAACUCCAAACAACACGUCUGUGCGGAGGAUAACCCCACGUGUCAGCUCCACCUAGCGGCAUUGACGUCACUGAAAGGGGAGAUAAUAGAGUUGAACAACAGGCUGCAUCAUGUGACGUCGGAGAGGGAUAUCUUGGAGAAACAGGUCAAUCGGCUGCAGGCAGACAAGUUGCGACUCCAACAUGAGUGUGAGAAGAGAUUGGACAUCACAGCUGGACGGUACGAGGAGCGGAUCACCGAACUCCACAGUGUCAUAGCAGAGCUAAGGAAAAAGAUAGAGAGGCACCAAAUUAAUGUCAUCAGGGAGGAGGAUGAGUAUGAAGACUCUGCCGUCCAGAGCAACAAGAGCAACGAUGGAGGAAGCCGGGCAGCCAACGAGUCCCAGGCCAACAGUCUAGAUAUCCUGGGUAACGAUCUGAACACAGAGAUAUCCCAAGUGGUGACGGCCCUAGACAAUGUGAUCGAGGACCAGCCAAUGAGGGCGGGCCAGGAGGGCACAGAGGAGGGCAAUAACACGGAGGCCGCGCUGUGUGAUAUCGAGGACAAUGACAGCGUCGAGGAGCUAGCGCUGCAGGCCUGUAAACAGAUAGAUGCCCUUGACCUGGAAUCUCCCCCCUCACCCCCACCACGUGGUCUCCGACCGGCCACGUUCCACCCCCCUCCCCCACCCCCUCCCAAUGAGUACCCUGAUCCUGCCUACCUACAGGAAGUGAUCUUCUCGCUGAGACAGGACGCCAUGAUGUUACAGGAGACUGUCCAGAGACAGGAGGUGGAGCUUAAUAUGCAUAAGGCUGCGAUUGGCAGUCUGAGGGAGGAACGGGAUAAACUCAGGCAAAGGGUGCAUGAAAUUCGGACAGAGCAAAUGUCCCCCCAGCAUCUGAAGACCUCCCCUCAGACUAGCCGAACCUCCACCCCCACGAAGAACCACCCAGCCCACACCCCCACAGAUAGAUCUCAGUUGUCCAACAAUGAAACAUUCCCCGUGGCCAAAGUUGCCGAGCUCAAAAAAUUGAAGACGUGCUCAAAUGAGCGCCCGGUGCUGGGCUGUGAGCUCGAGUCAGGAGGGCUUCCAAACACCAAAGUGGCUGAGCAUCUAGUACAAAACAUGCAGAAAGGAUCCAACAUGCAGGAGAUCGUCCAGACUCUGUACACUGGGGGAGGGGGAGAGCUCACCGAGACUAGGGUCCAGGAGUUCGAGAUUGAGUUUGAGAGGCUCCACAGCAAGAUUGACAGCUUGAAAUCUCAGAAUGAUCUCCUGAGUCUCACUCUUGAAGAAUCGAAAUCUCAGUCAGAUCGCUUGAGCGUGCUCAUUGGAAAGUACGAGUCUAACAAUACGGCUUUGCAACUGGGAUUGAAUUACUCGGAUCAGAUCAUUGAGGCCUACGAUGUCGUUUUGUCGUUGACCGAGAGCGAGUUGGGGCUCACGCUGUCGAACUGUCGAGCGGCGGGCAUUACGCAGGGGCUCAGAAGCUCGCCGCUGUCCACAGAGGAGAUGAACCAACUCGCUCAGAAAUCCAAAAAUACUCGCAAAACGGCCGAAAACGUGGCCCGACAUUUGAUUCAGAAGUUGGAUCGGAAUUUCGGAGUCAAUCCUUGGGAAGAUACCUCUACUCACACAGCAAGCACCAGCAGUAGUGGCUGCUACUCUGAGGACUUCUCAAAAGCGGAGGAGCAGAAACUGCGGGAAUACAUCCACCAGCUGAAGGCGGAGCGGGCCUCCAUCAAAUCCACAGUGAUGGAGCUAGAGAGCCUCCACAUGGACGCUCCGAUCCACGACCCCCCACGACAGAAUGAGGCGUGUCGACUAGACCUUGAGAAUGCGGUCCUUAUGCAGGAACUCAUGGCCAUGAAGGAGGAGAAAGCAGAGCUUCGCGCCCAGAACUACCUGCUGGAGAAAGAGAAGAGUGCCCUGGAGCUGAGGCUGAGCGGCAAGGAGUCGCGAGAACAGGCCUACGUCAUCCAGAUAGAGCACCUCAAAUCCGAGGUGGAGGAGAGCAACAGGGCACAGGAAGCAGAACAGCAGGGUUCAGAGACUCCAUUGGCCAACAAGAUGUCUCAUGACCUUCCAGAGGGGUCAGGUCGUGACCUUUCAGAGGCCCUACAGAGGGAGAGGAAGCUGAAGUCUCGCGUCCAGGAGCUGGUGGUGGCGCUGGAGAAGCUGUCUCGGAACUCGGAGAUCCGGCACCAACAGUCGGCCGAGUUUGUGAGCGACCUCAAGAAAGCCAACAGUGCCUUGAUUGCUGCAUUUGAGAAAACCAAAAAGAAGUACCAAGGAAAACUCAAGAAACUGGAGUUCCAGAUUCAGGCCCUCACGGAGAGAUACGAGGCCCAGGUGCAUAUGUUGAAACAGAGGCUGCUUGCUGUGGAAAAUGCUGGCUGUAUUCCCCCGAACGAGACUUCUCUGUAAAAUGGUUGUAUCUGGCCAUUACGCUGAGUUCAACAGGAGGAUAGUAUUCUAGAUACAGGAUAGUGACUUUAUAUCCCACCGCUGGAAAUUCACAAAGGAUAGCAUUCCACAUGCAGGAUCAGUUGCCAGUAUCCACAAUUGAGAUUUUACAUAAUGGAGGAUAUAGUUGUAACAUGCAGUGGUAUCAUGGUUGAAUUGUGGAUACUAAACUCUGGAUACUGGCAACAAAAUGGCGGCAAUUUCUCUGAGCUGUGAGGGAUCUGUGAUAAAACAGCCAAAAAAAUGCAUACUGACCAUUCAUGGUCAUGUUUUUUCCACAAGUGAUGUGGAAAAGAUUUAAUUGGACUAUUGUGUACCACCGAACAAGACAAAUGACAUCAGAUUGCAAAGGGUGCAAAAGAUGUCGAAAUGGGAACAAGAAAUGGUGCUAUUAAUGAGACCAAUUUUGGAUUUGUGAUUUGGAGUGAUCCAAAAUUGGAAAAGAUCGGUUCAGACUGGCUUUAUAAAAACAUGAGUUUAUACCAUAAAUGGGGCUUGAUUAUGGUAAAACUUUAGCAGACUAAGGGCUAUCUAGAGUUGAAAAACUUAGGAGUUAGAAUUAUCCGAUAUGAAUUAGAGAUACUUGAGGAAUUCUGGAACAAGGCGUGUAUUUAUAGGACUCUGUGAUAUUUCAUUUCAAAUUUUGCUAAGCAAAUUAUGGUGAUGUGAUGUUCAUGCAAGCAUUUUUUUCUGCCAUAUUAUCAACUGCAUAUAUUGUAGUGUUUAUUCAUUUGAUACAUGUGUGUAAUUCUUAGUGUAUUAAUAUUGUCUUUUUUAAGUAAAUUUACAGGCAAAUUUUUGCAGCCUUUUGUAUGUAUAUGCACAGUGUCAACAUAUUUUAUGUGUAAGAGAUCCCAUAUUUGAGAGGAAAAAAAUCUUUUUACUGUAUGGUGUGUGAAAUAUAGUAGUAUUUAAAGAAUGUAUCAAUCCAUUGUAAUAUUGCAUUUCGUGAAAACAGUAUUAGUAUGAUAUUACAAAACUUCAUUACAUUAUUACAUUUUAUUUAUUAUUACAUGUAACAUGGUCAAUAAGAUUGAUGUCCUGUACCAAAAUUUUUCAAUUUUGUUCUUGAUUGAUUGUACCUUAUUGCUAAGCAGGAGUAACAGUUUCAUUCAUGUACCGAUGAGGUAUUUGAUCUCAUCAAAAAGUUUGUAUUUAUUAGUAUGUGAUUAUGUUGAAAAUUCAUUUCUGAUCAUCAUUGAUACAAGAGUUAUUGUUCUUGUCAAACAUUUACCAUGUAUCCACCCUUUGAGAAGAUCUGUUAAAAUAUUUCAUGAGACAGUAUUCAUCUUUCGUUGUGACGAAAAUAUUUAUUAACUUUUGUCAUAUUUAAUCUCACAGGCAUUUGAUAUAGACCCCCUCCCCCUCCCCUCUCACCCCCAUGGUUCUUAACUCCACCUAAA